GUUCUUCCUCACUCGAGCUAUAGCUAGCUAGCCUUCUUCUUCCUCUCUGCUACCAGUGCCAUUGUCUGUCCGUGCCUUCCAGGCCCAAGUACUGCCAUUUCACGGUUGCUAGCUGGAAGUGGAGGAUGGAGCGGGCGAACACGGAGCUGUACCUGGAGAACCUGUGCAUCAUGCAGGCGAACGAGCGGCUCCGGAGGACAGCGCAGCUGCUGGACCAGGAGAACAAGCAGCUCCUCGCCGAUGUCAAGCGCAAGCAGCAGCACAUGGCGGCCUCCUCCAAGGCGGCGGCCCAGCUGGCGAAGGGCGGCGGACCGUCCGGCGCGGCGCCGUCCAAGUCCGGCAAGCAGCAGCCCCAGUGAU